AUGCAAGGCGCUGUCCGAGGGCAACGGCGUCUCCGGCAACAAGUGCAUCGCGGUGCAACCCGCCCCGUGCAGGAUGUGCGGAGCAGCGUCUUCAAGCACGCCAUCCUCGCCACUGUGGCUGCAGCUGGCCUCAGCGAUAGGAUCGUGUACGCGUCGCCGAGCGCCACGUUCUCCAGGAACUUGGACUCUGCAGAUCCCCACAAGCACGUCCUUUUCGCCCAGAAGUCCUGCAGCGACGCCGCUGCAGAAGCGACUGAGCCGAUCGACGGCGCCGUGAUUCACUUGUCGGAUGCGCCUGAGGCCACUGAGAUUCUCAUGCGGGCGUGGGAGCGCAUGCUCAUUGAUGACAAACUCUCUCACUCCGAGGCCCUCGCCGCAGCAGUGAAGGCGACCAGCUAUGCCGAGGUCGGCCUCCUCUCGUGCGACUCGUACAAGGUCCAGUCCGCCAACGCGACCGACGCCGACAAGAUCCUGAGUUGGGAGAUGCCCCCCGGCGUGGCCGAGAACAUGAGGCGGCAGCACAAGAAGGCGAACGCCAACGCCUGGGUGGACCGUCUGCGCAGGCAGGCCUCCAACAGCACCCGGCGCCUCGAGCGCUCCUCGGAGGGGGCCGACAGCCAGCGCCGUGCCGAGUGGAAGAAGCAGGCCGACGGCUGGAAGGAUACGUGGGAGAAGAGGGUGCAGGAGCUUCGGGACGAGAAUGGGUACAACGAGACGGAGGUGAGAGAGCAGAGGAGGCUGCGGAGGCAGUGGAACAAGGCCCACAAGACGACUCAUAAGAAGCGCGUCCGCUACCUGCCCCCCGACGAGGCGGCGAAGGUGAGGGCGAAGGACGAGGCGUGGGAGGCUUCCCAGCAGAAGCAGAAGCAGGACGACCUUGCGAAGGCCGACGAGCGCAAGGCGGCGUUCCAGCACGAGGUGGAGAAGGCGCAGCGUGCAAUGGAGGCCGAGGACGACGAGGAGGGCGAUGAGGAUUCCACCGACGAGGAGGCAGGGGCAGCCUGA